UUGAGUUGCGCCGUCUCCGUCACCUUCAGCCUCCAUGCCCACGAGUCCUUAAUUGAGCAGGCCAAAAGCCAAAAAAGCGUAGCUUUGGACGCAGAGAUGUCGAAGCUGUUUGCGAGAAUUGCUGGGUGUUUGAGCAACAGAACAUUCAUAGGUGUAGACAAAGCUGGGAAUCGUUACUUCACUAGAAAAGAAGGGAUUGAUGGUAUCCUAAAGGAGAAAAGAUGGGUGGAAUUCAAAGGAGAGCAAGAUCCAACCACAAUCCCAGUUGAAUGGAUAUGUUGGUUGAAUGGGCAGCGAAAGAAAGCUCCAACUCCAGAGGAAAUAAUGGAACUGGAAGCAAGGCGUGAACGUGUUAGGCUUAACGUUGUUCUUUUGAAAAAGGAAGAAGAGGAAAGGAAAGCCAGAGAAGGCAGUAAGAAGGCUGUGAGCUCUGGUAAAGUUGGAGGUCCAGACUUAAAAAGCUUCAUUCGGCAAUUUCCAUCUGCUUCGGAAGGUGACAAAGUUGAACAAGCAUCAGAUGGAAGGACCAAAGAGACACAGGAAGAGAAGGGAAAACCACUUCCAGAGUCUUCAGAACCAACAGGUUCCGGUGCAUCCUACAAGCCAGGAACAUGGCAACCGCCAACAUGAUAAUCAACACAUGUUAAGGAAUAUCGUCUUCACCUCUGAUCCUUACCACAGAAUCUACUCUGAGAUAAAUUGCAUUUGUUGGUUGUGAAGCCUCAAAUUUUCUGGCAAUCUAAAUGAACAUUCUUUAGCUGAUUACAUCCGAAAUCCUUUUUUCAUCUGUUUGAGCUUUGAUAGAUGACACUUGAUGUUCAAAUCCUCUCCAUCGAUGUAUGAUCGCAGGGGUAAAUUUCGAACCUGUUCUGUAUCAUGAUGUAUAAGUUCUAGCCCGGAAAUGUAGGGUGCUAAAAUUUUGGUAGUAUUCUUUUGUCACUCUCUUAGAACAUUUGGAUAUGAACAAUAGUACUCAUUAGUCUUAA